AGAUAAUACCAGCCUAUCCUCAGUACCCCCAUUGUACUAACGCCCGUCAGUAACAUACAAAUAGUGAACAAGAUGCAUACCGUGAUGCACCCCAAAGUGACAUCCAAAUUCAAUCAUAAUGCGCUUAGUACUUUUCCUUUUCUGCAUCUCCCUCUAUCUCGCUGGAGUGGUCCAGGCUGCACGUACAACAAACACAACAGAUACCACUACUAACGACAGUUUUAAAGCUCUAUUAUUCACGACCAGAACCAUAUGGACUAUCAUCUCCAGCUCCAUUCUCACUCUGUUUGCGUGCACAUACAGUGCCAUCCACCCCAAUAUCCCGAGUCCGAAGUACAGCAGCUCCCUUGAUAUGAUAUGGCGACAACUUGGCAUCAUGAUAAUGGCACUAAUCGCUCCCGAGUUGAUGGUUACAUGGGCUAUGCGCCAGUGGCUCAGCGCUCAACAAGUUACAAGACAGUUCGAGGAAUCGGGGUAUCCCAGUGUUCGUUCGGCGUUUGAAGAAAGGGUGUCUGUUGAAACACCUGGAACUAGAAAUCCCAUUCUUCUCCUCUUUCUCCGCGUCAAUCAGGGUACCGCUCGCCUCCAUCUUCUGCUUGUUACAGGUGUAUCAUCUGUGCUCGUGUCUCCUUGGCGUUUCCUUUGUGCUCUCGUGGGGUGGGUUGCAAGACGGAUUCAGUCAGAGCAUUCCGAGCCCGACUCUGAAGUUUCUACGUGGACUCAGACGCACAGCUUCUUUGUGCUCAUGGGUGGUUUUAUGCUUUAUGCAAAGGGGGAACCCUGCCGUACACUAGAGCACAAGCACAUUCUCAGACUGAUACAUGAAAAGUGUAUCGACGUCCCUACCAUAACAGCAAAGCAGAUCCACGACAAGAGCAAAGGCAAUGCGAUAUCGAAAGGAUUGGUCAUGCUUCAGGUCGCCUGGUUUGUUAUGCAGCUCAUCACCCGCGCCGUCUAUCACCUCGAAAUCACUCAGCUCGAAGUGGGGACACUUGCUUUUGCGGCUCUUAAUUUCCUAACUUAUGCUGUGUGGUGGGACAAGCCUCUCGAUGUGCAAUGUCCACAUCCAGUGUACUGGAAGUCAACUGAGUCAAGACCAGAGGAUCACAUUGAUGUCAGCGACAAAGACGAAUUCGCUCGGCCUCGAUACUUGCCUCGAGUCUUCAGUCCAAUCUUAGAGCUGAUAGGCUGGGCUGACAUUCCCACAUCUCGAAAACUUCAAGUUCCAACAUUUGAUGGCAGCAUUAAACUCGAAGUUCAGGACAGGAUGGCUCUUCUGCUUGCUGGAUAUUCUAUGGGAACCAUAUUCGGUGGCAUCCAUUGUAUGGCUUGGUUUUUUGCGUUCCCCACAUACGAGGAACAGGUGCUAUGGCGUAUAAGUACCGUCGCUACAACUUGCAUACCCUACCUUUGUUUUGGUGCCUACUUGACCGCGGAAAUAAUCGAUUCAAUACAGCACGAUUCAUUGAUGCGCGUCAUGCGGGGUCUAUGUCUUAUGAUUUGUUUCCCAUUUGCCAUGUUGUACAUUAUAGCUCGUGUUGUCCUCUUGGUACUUAUGUUCACCACUUUACGCAAUCUUCCUCCUAACGCAUACAAGACGGUGUUGUGGACUAGUUUGGUGCCGCACUUGUAAUUAAUUCUUGAUUAUGUUGCUCAAGAUACG